AUGGUAACCACACGGAACGGGAAGCGCACAGCCGCCGAGGCGCCCGCAACUGAGACCACCAAGAAGCAGAAGCUCCCUGUCAGAUCAAGGGACGGCAAGGCUGCGCCCAGGAAGACCUCUAGCAAGCAGGACGAGAGCAGCCGCCCAUCGUCAAAAAAGAGAUCGUCCCUCGUCGUAGAGCUGAGAUCGGAAGCGAACCCGGCCGAUGCACAGGAGGUUCAUGAGCAGCAGAUCAUCACAGGCGCCGAGCAGCCCGCCCUGGAGCCGGAAGCAGGGGAGGGGAAGGUCAUCAACGACUCAGAUGCGUCCGUGAGCGAUGGCCAGGUAGCGGAGGAGGAGCCUGCCGCGGAAAAGACAACGGCGCUAGUCGCCGAAGGGGAUGACGGUUCAGACUCAGAUGAGGCGCCCGAAGCCGUGUCCACGUCUAAGGCUGCGGUACAGGCGAAGAAGUCCGCACAAGCCGCCAACAAGGCCAUCGCAGAACAACAAGCCGCUCAAAAGCGCAAGCGCCAAGAGCGUAACGCCCGCCUCCAGGAACAGGCCGCAGCACGCAAGGUUCAGGAGGACGCGGCUCCGGCGGAGGACUCCAACGAGGAGGAGGCUGAGAAGGCCGACGCAGCCCCGGUACCGGAGACGACCGGUCGCCGGAGACUCAACAAGCUUGACCUCCCCUCUGAGCUCCCGGCCGAAUACCUCGACUCCGACUCAGAGGACGAGGGCGGCGACGGUGAGACGGAUCGGAAGCCCCGCAAGGCACGCAAGCUGCAUACGGCGGAGGCGCAGAUCGCGCGCGAGAGCCGUGGGCCCAAGGACGAGGUUGUCGGGUCGACGUUGUUCCGCGUCGUCAAGAAGGAGGAUGAGAGGCUGGCGCCCAAGGCACAAAAGUACUCGGUCAACGCGAAGAAGGCGUUGCUGGCGCGCGGCAGGGCGCCCGUGAAGGCGCGCAAGGGGUUCCUGGUCUGA